AUGAUGAGCAAAUCCGGCGGCUCAACAAGUGGCUGUUUGGAUAUUUUGAAUGUCAAAUCAAGUCGCAUACUGGACAUCCCGUGCAAAGUGUGCGGGGACCGCAGCUCGGGGAAACACUACGGGGUGUACGCCUGUGACGGCUGUUCGGGCUUCUUCAAGAGGAGCAUCCGCAGGAACAGGACCUACGUCUGCAAAUCCGGCUCUCAGGGGGGCUGCCCUGUGGACAAAACUCACAGAAACCAAUGCCGAGCGUGCCGCUUGAAAAAGUGUCUGGAAGUGAACAUGAAUAAAGACGCCGUGCAGCACGAGAGGGGGCCCAGGACGUCCACCAUCCGCAAACAAGUCGCCCUGUAUUUCCGAGGGCACAAAGAGGUGAACGGCUCGUCGGCCCAUUUCUCGGGCUCCUCUCUGCCGGGGCCGCCAUUCUUCACCACCGUCACGCAGCUGGAGCCGCACAACCUGGACAUGAGCGCCGUAGCCACGACGCCGGAGAGGCAGGCCAUAGUGGGUCUGGCACAGCCCACACCAAAGUACCCUCACGAGGUCAGUGGCACCCCCGUGUACCUUUACGAGGUGGCGACGGAAUCCGUGUGCGAGUCGGCCGCGCGCCUCCUCUUCAUGAGCAUCAAGUGGGCCAAAAGUGUCCCGGCAUUCUCCACGCUCCCUCUGUCUGACCAGCUGAUCCUGUUGGAGGACGCCUGGAGGGAGUUGUUUGUUCUGGGCAUCGCGCAGUGGGCCAUUCCAGUGGACUCCAACACUCUUCUUGCCGUUUCCGGGAUGAACACGGACAACACGGAGUCGCAGCGUCUGAACAAGAUCAUCUCGGAAAUUCAGGCGCUGCAGGAGGUGGUCACCAGGUUCCGGCAGAUGCGUCUGGACGCCACCGAGUUCGCUUGUCUCAAGUGCAUCGUCACGUUCAAAGCCGUCCCGACCCACGGCGCUACUGAGCUGAGAAGUUUCCGCAACGCCAGCGCCAUCGCCGCGCUACAGGACGAGGCGCAGCUCACGCUCAACAGUUACAUACACACCAGGUACCCCACCCAGCCGUGCCGCUUUGGGAAGCUGCUCCUGCUGCUGCCAGCCCUCCGCUCGGUGGGCCCGUCCACCAUUGAGGAGGUGUUCUUCAAGAAGACGAUCGGCAACGUCCCAAUAACCAGACUCCUCUCUGACAUGUACAAGUCCAGCGAUAUAUGA